AUGUCAUCAAGAGAUCGAGAUAAGUUUAGAAGUUAUCCGUCAGGAAAUGCGAAAAGGCAGAAAAAAAACAUAAGGGAUAAAAGUUUAAAUAAAAUGCGUGGCUCUAUCAACAAAUAUGUAAAUUAUAAAUUUGAUACUCCUUCUUCAAGUAUAGAAAUAGACAACGAAGUUGAAAUUAAUAAAUUACAAACCGAAAGUAAUAAUAGCGGUAAUGACUUUAUUAUAAACACAGUAAACGAUUAUGAUACGACAGAUUAUAUUGAGAAUGAUAAAUUUGACACUCCUUCUUCAAUAAAUGACUACGAUAUGACAGAUAUUGGUUGUUGGCCUGAAAUAAUAAAUAAUGAUUUCAGAAAAGAGCUUAUAAAACUGGGGCCAAUACAAGUUAAAAGCUAUAAUUUUCCUCAAUCUGAAAUAAAUGGUGAGCUAAGACGUUUUAAUCCGACAUUAUAUGACAAACGUUUAGACAACGGAGAUGUUAUUAAACGAAACUGGCUGGUAUAUUCAAAAUUUAAAGAUAGAGCUUUUUGUUUUUGUUGUAAACUUUUUGACUCUCAUUCUACAGGUAAUUUAAGCAAGAAUGGUAUAAACGAUUGGCGACAUAUUGGGGAAAGACUAAAGUCUCAUGAAAUCACGAUUCCACAUUAUACUUCCUUACAGUCAUGGAUUGAAUUAAAACAAAGAAUAUCAGAACUCAAUACUAUAGAUAAACUACAUCUGACUAAAUUAAACGCGGAAAAACAACAUUGGUAUGAUGUUAUUACACGAAUACUAGCGGUUAUCCAUUUUUUAGCUAAAAAUAGUAUUGCAUUCAGGGGUUCCAAUGAUGUUUUAUAUCAAAACAAUAAUGGAAAAUUUCUUAGUGCGAUUGAAAUGCUUUCCAAAUUUGAUCCUGUUAUACAGAAACACGUAAAACGAAUUAAAGAUAAAGAAACUCAUGUCCAUUACCUAGGACACAGAAUUCAAGAUGAGUUGAUAGAAAUAAUGGCAAAUGAAGUUCGAAAAUCAAUUAUAAAUUUAAUUAAAAAACAUAGGUACUAUUCCGUGAUCAUUGAUUGCACUCCAGAUAUUAGCCACCAAGAACAAGUAUCCUUAGUAUUUAGAAUUGUCAACAUGCAUUGGGACAAAUUAACAGAACCAAGCAUUCAAGAAUUGUUUAUGGACUUCGUGAAUAUUCAUUCAACGUCAGGAUUAAGUCUUUCAAAUUUGUUGAUUUCAAAACUUGCAGAAUAUGAGAUACCUCUUAGUGACUGCCGGGGUCAGGG